AUGAUCAAGCGGGUGAUGAGAAAGUACAGCGGGGAGUUCGGGGAGGGGUCCGAGCGCGGCGCCCGCGCGGCCCUUGAGGCCACUCGGGAGGCGCUGGCCAAGCGCGCGGAGGGUAACGCCCUGCGUGACGCGUACAUUUUGGGCGAAUUCAGUUACGCAGACGUCGCCAUGGCAAUGGCGAUGGAGCUGGUGUGCCCGGCGCCGGGGUCGCCGUUCCGGCGUCGGUCGGCGGCCGUGGCAUGCUGCACGUGGGAGGAGGCUUCGAAGGAGUUUGCAGACCUGCUGGAUUGGCGGGACGCGGUCGUCGAGCGCCACGGGGGUUUCAAGUGGGGAUGA